AUGAUCUUCUCCUACGAGUUUCUGGCAAAUGCAGUUCGUCAUGUCAUCCUUCUCAAUUUUGACGCUACAGAAGCAGUCGCAAAGGGCAAGUGUGGGAAGGUCACCCUACCCCAACUCAUUAAUCCACCACGCACGGAAGCUGGGUGGGGGCGUUCUCAGCUUCUCCUUUUUUGCCAUUACUUAAUGAUUGGAGAGAAGAGUGAGGAGUCAUCGUCGUCGCUCUUGCCGUUGGGGUACUGCGUGAAUAAUAUCCAUAUCGCGAUGCAGGCGAUGCUGAGGCGCAUAACGUGUUUUUCCUUCUCCCCUCUCCAUAUUUUUCUCUUAGGGGAACCGUAA